GCGGAACACGCUUCUCGACAUGCGUUUUGGAGACCUCGCGGUUAUGUUCGUAGACUGCUCUUCUGCAUUCUGGCUUGGAAUGGGACUUCAGUUGAAGACAUGAGCUCGACCGGCGCAUCGACUAUUCACUGCAGACCGUCAGUCUCUCCUUUAGGCACUCGUUCGGCCAAUCGGCUGGAGAUGAAACUGGGCACAAUUGUGCGCACUACACCGUGGAAGUCGUGA